UCCAGUGUAACGCCAUGUUGAACGAUCACGUGACUGCUGGAGCUCUUAAAGGAACAGUGCACAAGAUUCGCCGCGGACAUAGCACGUGAGGCUCGCGCAGGUGUAAACACACACACACGUACAGACAAAACAGCCAUAAAAAACACUUGAAAUGCGGGAUUGUGUUUUAUGAGAGAGCCAAAGUCGACAGAGAUUUAGGUGAACCUCAAGAGCAAGUGUAUAUGGACAUUGUUGAUCAAUCUGCACUGAAUUAUCGAGAGAACGACAAUGUAUGAGAACUUACCGACAGUGUCUGCUUCCGAGCGGCAGCAGGUGCUCCAGGCCUUAGAAAGGCUGCAGUCCAAGCUGGUGCAGAGAGAAGAGUGGACCCACAGCGACAGGCUCGGUACGCUGAAGGAAGCCCUGCAGAGCCCUCUGUUCGGCCACAUCCUCACCCUGCAACACUCAGUCAAACAGCUGAAAGACCAGUUAAACAGCUUGCCUCCGGGCACAUGCAGUGAGUUCAGUUUCUCCAGAAAGGGGCAGCUGAUCGUCAGCGCCAGCCGUCCAUCCAGUAGCCUGGGAUCCGUGGUGUCCAAUGGAACAGCUUCAACGAACGCAUCUUCUGAGCAGCUUCAGAGAUGGAUGCAUGCAGCAGCAAAGCAGGGCCGGAGGACGGAGCUCAUAAGCCUGCAGAAGCCGUUAUCUGGAGGUCUGGGUUUCAGUGUGGUGGGCCUGAGACCAGAGGGGGUGGGCGGCCAUGGUGUGUUCGUCAGACAGGUGCAACCAGGGAGUGUCGCAGACAGGGAUGGAAGAUUGCAGGAGAAUGAUCAGAUUCUUGCGAUUAAUGGGAUUCCUCUGGAUCAGAGCGUGACGCAGCAGCAGGCCAUCGCUCUCCUCCAGCAACAGAGAGACCGAGUGGAGCUGGUGGUGGCCAGAGACGCUGCGGCCAAACCCCUUCUCUCCACAUCUGGACCCGUUCAGACGGAUCAAUGGGGACACGUGGAGGAGAUCGAGCUGGUGAACGAUGGAACCGGCCUGGGAUUUGGUAUUGUUGGAGCCAAGGGUACUGGAAUGGUGGUCAGGACAGUGGUACCAGGCAGUGUGGCCCAUAAGGACGGGAGGCUGAGAACAGGUGACUACAUCCUGCGGAUCGGUGAGACGCACACCCGGGGUCUGGCCAGUGAGCAGGUGGUGCAGGUGUUGCAGUCCUGCGGUAGCCGUGUGCGGAUGCUGAUCGCACGAGACCCACUGGAGGAAGCCCAGCCUCCACCUCCACCUGCCCCUGCCACAGCUCCCAUCACCGCCCUGCCACCUCCACCUCCCGUGCCAGCUCGCAGGGGCAGCAAAACGCCGAAUUUGGAGGGCUACGAAAUCCACGAAGUUGCGUUAAAAAAGAAGGAGGGCCAGAGCCUUGGGAUCUCUAUAAUUGGAUACAACGCUUUGACCACUGAGGAUGCGGUGGGGGUCUUCGUGAAGAACGUGGUUCCAGGCAGCGCCGCUGAGCAGAGCGGGAAAAUCCAUGUCCACGACAGGAUAAUAGCAUUGGAUGGCGUGAACCUUCAGGGAUUCACCAACCAGGAAGUCCUGGAAGUAAUGAAGCGGACAGGCGAUAUCGUACACCUCACCCUCAUUAGGAAGAUCAUCUCACCCAAGAGAACGAGCGUAGAGAAAUCGCUAGAUAAAGUCCAGAGAGAGUCGUCGCGUGUGUCUCUGAAGAGAUCGUCUGAGAUCAAGGCGCGUGCGGAUCAGAGGGGCUCUGUGGUGGAGUCGAUGGACCCUGCUCUGAGUGGGUUCAAACAACAGCUGCAGGAGAAAAUGCAAGAGCUGGCCCCGCUGACGGAGAUGGAGCUUCGUGCUAAAUGGGAGCAGGCGCUUGGUCCGCAUUACGAUGUUAUGGUUGUACAGCUUGACCCUGUCAUAGAAGAUGAUAUUGAGCUACAGAAGUACUCCAAGCUUCUACCAAUACACACAAUGCGCUUGGGCGUGGAACUAGACUCUUUUGAUGGACACCACUACAUUUCUACAGUGGCUCCUGAGGGCCCUGUGGCAAAACACGGGCUACUUCGACCAGAGGAUGAACUUCUGGAGGUGAAUGGCGUGCAGUUGUAUGGGAAGUCUAGGCGAGAGGCUGUUGCGUUCCUCAGAGAAGUUCCUCCUCCCUUUACUUUGGUCUGUUGCAGGCGUCUCGCUGAAGAGGGCAGCGAAUACCAACCUGAAUCUGAAGAGUGGCACUCAUCCAGCCCCUCAGCCAGCCUACAGGAGCAGAUUGAGGAGAACCUCUCCAUGUUUGCCAAAGAUACAAGUCUACGCAACAGCAUAAGGGAAGAGUUACAGGACCGUCAGGCAUUUGCAAUGGAGCAAGAGGUUGACGAUGAAGGAGAGCCUCCUGAGUCAAGCGGCCCUGAGAGAGAGCAGAUGGAUGAGGAGAAGGAUGAUGAAGAAAAAGAAGAAGAGGAGGAGGAUGAAGGGGAAAUGGCUCUUUGGUCUCCGAAUGUGCAGGUGCUAGAACUAGAGAAAGGAGAGCGAGGUCUUGGCUUCAGCAUACUAGACUAUCAGGACCCUCUGGAUGUUACACGCUCUGUGAUCGUCAUACGCUCUGUGGUUCCCGGAGGGGUAGCUGACAAUCACGGUGGGCUUUACCCGGGUGACCAGCUGGUUUUCGUCAAUGACGACUAUCUAGACACAUGCUCUCUGGCCCAGGCUGUAGAGGUUCUCAAAUCUGCUCCACCUGGGAUAGUCUACCUUGGAAUCAGGAAACCCCUGGCGACAGAGGACAGAGGUAGUGGGCAGCAGUCCUUUUGGCCUGUAGAGGGUGCCGAUGAGCAACCAGUUGCACAGCAGGUCGUCAGCCACACUCUCCCAUCUAUGCCAGAGGACUUAAAUGAAUUAUCUGACGACCUGGACGAGGAGCCGGAGCUAAUCCUUGACGCCGAGCCCCGCUAUGCCUCUCCCCUCACCACUGUUGACCUCCUGCCCGGCCUGGAGCGAGAGAUGGCUGUGGAUGAAGAUGUUGAAGAGCAGGAGAUGGACACCAUGAAGGAUCAAGGGAGCUCUAGUCUGCCUUCAUACCUCAGCGAGAAGACUCGUUCCUGGGAAAAACCAGCGACAUCCAGCAUCUACCAGUUCAAUGCUCAAGCUGAUUCUCAAGAACAGUUCCCUGAGGUGAACGAUGAUCUUUGCAAAAGCUUUGAGAAGAUUCAGCUCUCACAAAUUCCCCUCAGCCAGCCUGCAUCAUGGUUGGAGGCAGCGGACAGCGAGGCAGACUCUGACUCCAGAAACGAAGGCUCAGAACUUACCUUGACCGACACUGACACUGAAUCUGCGCAGCUGACUUCCUCUCGCAGCAGGAAGAGAAGAAACCAGGGCGCUGCCGGUCCAAACAGAGGAGGCCACAGUGAUUUGCCAGAAAGAGAGGAGGGAGAAGGUGAGGAGACGCCUGCGUUCAGUCACUGGGGUCCCCCACGCAGAGUGGAGGUGUGGCUGGAGACGCAGGAGUCUCUGGGUAUCAGCAUAGUGGGCGGACGCACCGUUAUAAAGAGGCUGAAGAACGGAGAGGAGCUGAAGGGCAUUUUCAUCAAACAGGUGCUGCCAGAAAGCCCAGCUGGACGCACGGGUGCCCUUAAAACAGGAGACAAGAUCUUACAGGUUUCUGGAGUGGAUUUGCAGAACGCCAGCCAUGAGGAGGCAGUACAGGCUAUCAAAGCGGCGUCCACUCCCGUAGUCUUCGUCGUGCAGAGCCUGUGCUCCACUCCACGGCCUGCUUCAGUGACGGCCCCCAGCAUUAGACAGCAUAAGGCAAAGAGGAAAGCCGCCCAGCAGAAAGCAGGACAGAGCGCCGUCCCUCCGCCCAUGCGCCUCCCCCCGCCCUACAGACCCCCCAGCCUAGUGCAAGAGGAGGAGCAGGAGGAGGAGGAAGAAGAAGAGAGGGAGGAUGAAGAGCAGGCUAAAGAGGUGAUCAGGCAGAGGUAUGCGGACCUGCCAGGAGAGCUGCUGAUCGUGGAUCUGGAGAAAGACCGGAACGGCUUGGGCCUCAGCCUGGCCGGGAACAGAGAUCGUUCCUGUAUGAGCAUCUUUGUGGUGGGGAUCAGCACUGGAGGGCCGGCCAGCCACGACGGACGCAUCAAAGUGGGCGACGAGCUGUUAGAGAUAAACAGCCAGGUGUUGUACGGCAGGAGCCACCAGAACGCAUCAGCCAUAAUAAAAAGCGCCGCGUCAAAGGUGAAACUCGUCCUGGUCAGGAAUGAAGACGCUCUCAAUCAAAUGGCUGUCGCUCCUUUUCCUUCCCAGUCUUCCUCAUUCUUCUCCAGUGAGACAAAUCAAAAUACACCAGCGGUUCCAGUUGUAACAGAGAAGCCACAGUUACCCGAAAGCCUCCCUCUGAGUCUGAGCAUAAACCCACCUGAACCGCUGAUAAUCAAGGAUGAACCUAGCGUGGCACCGACUGUGAGCCUCACGCAGAGAGAUGAGACGCACAAUAGUCUCGGUGAUAGAGAGUCAUCCUUAAAGAAGCUGAAAUCCCCAGAGAAAAUAUUGGAGUCUUCAAGUGAACAGCCGCCCAAGCCUCAUGUAGAGCAGAUCACCAGUCUUCCAAAAAUCCAGAGGAAUUCCACCAAGCCCACAGCAGGUUCUCUGGAGGUCACGUCCUUGGCAUUAUCCGUGCCAGUCUCCGGAACCAGCCCUGACUUUGAGGACUGCAGCAAAGACCCUGCCACGUGUCCCAUAGUUCCAGGACAAGAGACGGUUAUUGAGAUUUCUAAAGGCCGGUCUGGACUGGGUCUUAGUAUAGUCGGCGGCAAAGAUACACAGCUGGAUGCUAUAGUGAUUCAUGAAGUGUAUGAGGAGGGGGCAGCAGCGAGGGACGGUCGACUCUGGGCCGGAGAUCAGAUUCUCGAGGUAAAUGGAGUGGACCUGCGCAGCGUCGCUCACGAAGAUGCAAUCACUGCUCUACGGCAAACACCGUCGAAAGUGCGGUUGACUGUCCUGCGUGACGAGGCGCAAUACAGGGACGAGGAGAACCUCGACUUGUUCCAGGUUGAACUCCAGAAGAGAACUGGCCGAGGCCUGGGCCUGAGCAUCGUCGGGAAGAGAAAUGGUAAGGGUGUGUUCAUCUCAGAUGUGGUGAAGGGUGGAGCGGCUGAUCUGGACGGCAGACUGAUGCAGGGUGAUCAGAUCCUGUCUGUGGAUGGAGAGGACAUGAGACAGGCCUCACAAGAGACCGUCGCCGCCAUUCUCAAGUGCGCCAGGGGCAAGGUGCUGUUGGAACUGGGCCGACUGAAGGCUGCCUCCUGGAUCUCUUCCAGACGCACGUCCCAGGGAAGUCAGAUGAGCCACGUGAGCGGCAACACCAGCACCCCAACCCCCACGCCCCCUGUCGUGGCCCCUGUCCCUUCUCAAACCCUCAACAACAACAGCCAAAAUAUCAGCGAGCCCAACAAUAAAAGCACAGGGAUCGAGCCAGGCGUUCGGACAGUGGAGAUCACACGGGGUCCCACCGACGCUUUGGGUGUCAGUAUAGCGGGCGGUAAGGGAAGUCCGCUGGGUGACAUCCCCAUCUUCAUCGCCAUGAUCCAGGCCAAUGGCGUGGCUGCCAAGACGCAUCGCCUCAAAGUAGGUGACAGGAUUGUGAGCAUCAAUUCUCAGUCUCUGGAUGGCUUCACUCACGGAGACGUCGUAAAUAUACUGAAGAAUGCUUACGGCACUAUCGUCCUCCAGGUGGUGGCUGACACCAACAUCAGUGCCAUAGCCAGUCAGGUGGAGAGUCUGUCCAGUAGCUCCACCCCCAGUACCAACCCAGAAGUCCGGCCGGUGGAACCAGAGACGCCCAAGCCAAAGACCAUCACUCUGGAGAAGGGCUCAGAGGGGCUGGGCUUCAGUAUCGUUGGUGGCUUUGGGAGUCCACAUGGAGAUCUUCCCAUCUACGUUAAAACAGUCUUCAGCAAGGGGGCAGCGGCAGUGGACGGGCGUCUGAAGCGUGGAGACCAGCUGCUGUCGGUCAACGGAGAGAGUCUAGAGGGCGUCACGCACGAGCAGGCCGUGGCCAUACUGAAGAAGCAGCGGGGAAGCGUCACGCUCUCUGUGCUCUCCUAACAAACACUACAUCUACUGAGAAACACACAUUCCUUUCACACAUCUUAAAGAGACUCUGUCAGCAACGGCCACUUUACUUCCUGAUGGAGACUGUUUGCACUCGAUCGUUUAAACUGCGCCUGCUACUGUUUGUGCACCUGCUAUCGAAAUCGAUCAGAAAAAUACUCACAAAGGGAAUUUAUUGUAUCGUCUUUGACCUGUAGCCUCGGAUGUGAGCGGUGAAUUAUUAUUUUGAUGAAAUGAGUGCUGGUAACUCAAGACCAGGAGGGAAAAUGACAGUAGGAGACACACUAACACACACUUUAUUAGUGAUAUUAUUUCAAUGCACAUAUGACAACUUUUAGUGUGGUUGUCCUGAUUUAAAACAAACAUACUCGACAAACCCGCCUUAUUUUCAAGAAAUCCGAUUUUUCCAUUAAAUGUAGCGUGUAGAUGAAUGAGUGUUAAUAAGGGACGAUAGAUCAGACUGUGUUGGGAUGUUUUGUUUAGCUUGUGUUAGUAUCAUUUCAAUCAAAUUCGUUACAUUGCAGAGUUGUUUUGUGAGGAUUUCAAAAACUGGUAUGACUGACUUCUGUGCAGCUUAAAAUGAGAGAUUUUGCAGAAUGUUCACGCUGCUCUUUGCAUGUAAUGAAAGUGGAUGGGGACUGGAAGUUUUGAGCUUCAGAAAUGACAAAAAAUAACUUUAAAGUAUCUCAAAAGUUGUUCAUAUGACUCGUGCGCUACAGUUCAACUCUUUGGAUGUCGUACGACUGACAUUUAAAAUCUUCCGAAUUUCAGACAGUUCUGCACACAUAGCUAUUAUUGUAAGUUAAAAGUUGUUUUUCCACUUACAAUCUUUCCUGAAAUUAAAAUUUCAAACAGUUUUUCACACAAAACUGUCCUUUUUGGGCCGUGACUGUCCCAGUCCCCAUUCACUUCCAUUGUAUGGGAAAAAGCAGCUUUAUCAUUCUUCAAAAUAUCUCCUUUUAGGUUCCACAGAAGAAAUUAAGCCAUACGGGUUUGGAAUGACACAAAUAAUGACCAUUUUUAAUUUUUUGGGAGAGCUAGUCCACUGUAUCAUGUUGCUGUAUCAUCGAGAUUUCAAAAAUGACAGAAAUCCUUAUGAAUAACAUAGUUUUUUAUUACGUUUUUGUAAUUCCAUUUGUAAUUCAAUUGCACACCUUUGUCAUUUCAUUGUAAAUAUGUAAUUUAUUUCCUUUUUAGGGUGUUUUUGCAUCACUUUUGUCUUCAUGAAGAUGUCUUCAUAUCCUAGUUUGACACUGUGUGUGUCUGUGUGUCACAAUAAGAGGAUAUCCUGUGUCAGUCUCUGUCCUAGAGGAAGUGUAGCAGGCUCUUGAGGGACUAUCAGACCUCUCCAGGUUGUAAGCCUCGUCCAGACCGUCUCCUCUACUAGGAUUUCGUAAGCACAUCCUCAUACUAUGCCUCUUGAAUUCUCGUGCCAUGUGGACAGUGUGUUCUGAACUGUCCAGCGCUGCGUCCCUUUAAAAAGAUUGCCUGUCUUUAUCCCCUUUAUCCUUCAAGAAAAUGCAACACCCCAGUCUGCUACCUUCCACUAGAUCUUUACAUUUGGGCUUAAAUCACAUGGAUUCUUCGACUCAGCGGUCGAGGUUAACGCUGUAGUAACGCCGUUAUAUCGGCCAUUUUUCUGUCAGUGUAAUGUUUUUAACCAGUUAAAAGGUCCAAAGAAACCUUUUAGUUAAAUUCAUACGUUAGAUACAGAUCUAAGCCUGAUUUAUUAACAUUUACAAAAGUGGUCAUUAUGGUCUGUGGCUUUGUUUUGGAUGAGUAGAAUUUAUCUAAAGUGGCAGAAAAUAAAGUUAUUUCAAUUUUAAGCAUCUUUCGACUUCUAAAUUCGGAUGUCUGUGGGAAAAAAAUAUAAAGAGAAAUAUAUGCCUGUUUCAAAUAUUUACCUGCAAAA